GCUUUUAAAUUGACGCCUCCCCCUCCCCCCGCCCCCUCCCUCCUCUCCCCUCCGCCGAAUUCUCUCCCUUUUUUCCUCUCUGUCAUCGCCGGCCACUUAACGACGAUCUCAAUCAUGGGAGAGAUCGAAGAAGCAUCCACCAGCGCCGACGAGAUGUCUCCACUGUUACCGAACCCGAAAACCGACCCGAAUCCGUCUACCCGGACUAAGUCUGUUAAGACCAAGGUCCCGGAGAUCAAGGUCCAUCUGUAUAAGCAAGGGAAGGGUCCGAUCGACGAAUUCACGUCGUCCUUAGGUGGAUGGGAACAAGACCAGCUAGAGGUUAGUGAUAUUCUAGACAAAUACGGGCUUAAAUCGGUCUAUGCAUUCAAACCGGAGACGGGCCGAGGUGUCCCUAUCAGAUUCAAUCCCCGUAACGGCCGAUCGAUUCUAACCUAUAGAGAUGGAUCCGAGAUCCAUAUUGAUGGAGAACCUAAGGACUCGUUGAUCCAACCUAUUACCAGGAUAUUGGUUGGUGUUGCAGUGAUCACCAUAUUGAUAGUAAUGGUGAUGAAAGAAUCUCCAGAAUGGGCCAAAAAGUUGAACAUCACUGGUGUUAAUAUCCCACCAUGGGUCCUGGCUGCUGCGGUUAUUCUGUUCACACGCAUAAGGAAGAGGACUAAGGAUUUCUUUGGAAAACGCCCAUGAUGAACUGGUGCUUAACCACAGGCAACUGAAUUUUCUCAAAAAUUUUGCAUGUUUUGUUUGUGCUUUAUACUAUAGUUUUUGGAUUCACAUGUUAUAUAUAAGCUAAUCUAAUCUUAUAAUCCAGUCGUGUGCAUGCCUUUCCUCCU